UUCAUUGAUCAACCAAAACCGCGCGCUUAUUGCCCAUUUGGACGCCUUGGAAAUUCAUAGAACAAGCAAUCGGGUUACACGAGCUGUCACACUUUUUUUGUUCACGGACAAAAUUAUGAUUGCUAGUCGUCCUUCGAUGGAGUGCAAAGGCAGUGAUCUUUGUGCAUUGGCGGAUACGGAUAUCAUCACCUCCAAGAAAUUGGAAAGGGUCAUUCGCAAAGACUCUUGUUGGAAAUUCAAAGGUUGGGCCGAUAUAGAGCAAGUUGAAAUAUUUGGUGGCACCUCGGGUAGGUUUUGCUUUGUCGAUCUAUCCGGUUUUUUCUUUCUCAUUUUCGGAGUUUUCAUUUCUUCAUGUGGUACUUUGAUUCUACCUCUUAGCCCGACCGGCAUCUUUCCUAUUACGCGCUUCAUCCGUUCAACAACAGCAUGGCCAUGGUGCCAAAGGAGCACUUUGGUAAACGGGAGACACAACAAACCUAUAUCCAGAAAACACGCGAUUUUAUAGCCAGUUAUCAAAAAACCCAAGCCUUGGCCAAACAGUAUGAUGAACAUGAUACCCUCUAUCACCGUCAAUGGCAAAAGAUUCCCGUUUACAGCAACAUGCAUUCACCUUCUACUUAUAUAAAAGCAAACUACAAGAAUAACAUUGCUGUGUUGUAUGUGGAGGAUGGGACUGUCGACUUUGAUGGGCUCUUUCCAAAUCACUCGGCUAUGCCAUGGAUAGUGGCCUUGGUACAGCCAGAUCUGCGCGGGUUUCGUUACCAGAUUUCAAGCAAGGUCCAUUUGGAAAGAAUACAGCAAUUCUUCAAGCCUUCAUCCGCCACGAACCAAGAAGGCCAACCCAUUGACUUUGAAAUGGUGUUUUGGGAUAACAUCUUGCUUUGUGAACGGCAACUGCGUUUGUCACCCGUCUUUUCGUAUGCAAACGAUUUUGUCACCGAAGAAGAAAUCCAGAAACAGACGCGAAGCAAGGCAACAACACGAUCAGGAACAUUAGCCCCUUUCAAUAAACUCUUCAGCAGUAGUAACAGCAAUCUCCAAGCGAACCGUACACAACGUGAUCAGCGAAGACCACCCCCAUCCCCUAUCCGACCGGUCAAUUCGACCUCUUUACCCAUGUCGACAGGUAACACGAAUGCCACGCGUGAUGUAUCCGCUACGGCUACCUGGCGAUCGGCUCCAAUUACCCAGGAUCCAUACAAUGAUACCGACGAUACCACCUGCUCUUCCCAAUCCGCCAAAACGGAACCAGAACACCCGGCACCACCUAAAAAACAACGGUACCCACUCGCACAGCUAAAAUUACCUUCAUCCAGCUUGGGUGAAGACAUUGCUUCUCAGUUGAGGCGUCAAUCGCACGAAAAUCUCGUACGGGAAUACUGUGGAGUCCAGGCAAGCCAUAGAAGGGAAGACGAACUAACCAUCACCUCGCCUUCCGAUUUGAAUUUGCGUCGCGCAAGCAUAAUCAGUUAUCCAUCUCCUACAACCCCCAAUUUUGACCGUCCUCUUUCUUACCAUCAGCCUGUGUCUUCACCCGGACCCAUGCAUUGGAUACAAAAUCGACCAGGCACGGGCGAUUCUCAUCUAUCGCUGGCUAAUACCCUGUCUUCUUUUACCAGCAGCCUGAGUACGAAUAGCUCGGCUGCAUCUGACGACACUUCGAUCACUCGCUUAGCCGAAAAUCCGGAUGAUUUGGUUCAAAAAUUACAGCAACUGUUGCUUACACAGCCCAUCGCAGACAACAGAAUGGAGCAAAUAUCACAAACCGCCGAAAAGCUGAAAGUUCAAUGGAAGUUGCUCAGCCAAAAGCAUAAGGAGAUGCAUGACUAUGUAUCCGAACUAAUGGAAAAGACAGCCAAGAUUGAUGGAGAGAUCAGCAUCGUUUCUAAUGCUUACAACGAAGUGUAUACGGAAACUUGCUCUUUAUAUGAUAAAUUCAACCAGGAGCUUGAUCAACUGACGGAUCUUGUACAGCCUCGAUCGACUUGUACGACUGGCUCGAAAUCUAGUCUUCACUCUGAAGCCCACGAGCAGGUAUCGGGCAAUACGUUGACAUUAACCGAAAAGUUGUGGGAAGCGGAAACUGAAAAGGAACAUUGGCAGCAACGCGCCAUGUGAGUAUGACUUUAUGAGAUAAACCGCUCCUAGGGUAGCUUGUUUUUACCAACGUUCUUUCACAGGGAAUUGACUGCACUGAUCUGUGAUUAUACACAGUCGCGUUCGGCGACUUUUGAAGAUUCGUCAAGUAAA